UGAUUCCGCUUAUACAGUCGAAACCCUAAAAAUUAGUUGUUUGAGUUUGAAGAUGAAGAAAUUAUCGGUGAGAAAAGAAACUACUCUGUUCAAGAAACCUUCGUCUUCUUUGUACAAGGCACGAGUGGCUACGGUUCUCAAGAAAGCGUUCGAGCUUUCGGAGCUGUGCGGUGUCAACGUGUGCAUCAUCUGGUUCGACCGUGAAGGGAAUCUUGUGAAGACGUGUCCUGAGAACGAAGAAGCAAAGGUUAGAGCCAUGGCCGAGAGAUACAGCAUGUUAAGCGAACAAGAAAGGAACAAGAAAAGCACCAAUCUCUCAGGGUUUCUAAACAAGAAGAUGAUGGACGACAAGAAGGAAUCUCUCAAGAAAAAGGACAAUAAAUUCUCGGGAAAAGUGUCAGAGUUUAUGGAUUCUUUGCAGAGUCGGUUCCAGACAUUACAAGAAAGUCUUUUUCUUGUUGAUCAACAACCCAAGGAGGCUAGUGCUGUUGUUUCAACGGAUCUAUCUUCUAAUCAUCCGAGUACCACAACCACGUCCUUGAGCAAAAUGAAAGUUGGGACAUUUGGGAUAAUUUGCUGCUAUCUCCUUUAUGCAUCUCUCACAAAGACACACUACUGUGAUCAGUCUAUCGCAUGGAGUGACCAACAAAAUGGCAAAUACUCCGAGCAUGAUUAAUGGGGUUCUUAGCGUAAUAUAAUAAAAUGUGUCUUAACUUUUAACU